UGUAAUAAAUAAAAAAAAACCUUUCUAAGUUUCUAUUUUCUAGGUUAUGAGCAAAAUAAACAUCUUACAUUGUUUUUUAAAUCAGUUACCUCAUAGUUUUACAAAAAAUGACAUCCAAUGAUUUCAUGUUAAAUGAUAGCGAUACAGAAAAUGAUUCUGAUGAAGAAUUACAAGAAGCAUUUGCGAAAGGCUUGUUAAAAGUCGGCCUAAAUGAGGAAAUAGAGAAGAUAGAAAAACGUUACGUGAACAACGUAGCUGAUUUGAAAGCUAAAUUAAAAGAAUUUGAGUUAAAAUUGCCAUGGAUAGAAACCUUAGACCUUAUUACUACAGUGGCACCAAUGGCCCCUGAUGUUGCCUUACAGAUACAGCAGACAGCUCAACGAAGGAAAAAUUUACAAGAAAACUCAAAAGGAAAUAAAUUAUAUGAUCCAACACAGGACCCAGUGUUAAAUGAGUUUAAAAGAGAGAACCUUAUCCAUAGACAAGCUCAGGCUGCUGUUGUUGAUGGUAUUAAGAGAUUGAAAGAUCUCAAUAUACCCACUAAGAGACCCGAUGACUACUUUGCUGAAAUGGCUAAGACAGAUGAGCACAUGCAGAAGGUUAGGAAGAGCCUGAUGUCGAAACAAGCUGAACAAGCGCGAGUCGAAAAAGUGAGGCAACUAAGAGAACAAAAGAAGAUUUCUAAGAGAGUUCAGAUUGACACAAAAUUAAAACAAGCUGCAGAGAAAAAGCAAAUGUUGGAGCAAUUGAAACGGGUAAGGAAAGGUAAAUCAACAGAUUUGGAUUUCUUAGAAGAUAAUAAAGGCAAAGGUGGUAAGGGAAAGGAUAACAAAAAUAAAGGGAAUAAAAAACGAAUGAUGAAAGAUAAAAAAUUCGGAUUUGGAGGCAAGAAGAAAGGUUCUAAGUUAAAUACAAGGGAUUCUUCAAAUCAAAUGGAUGGUUUUAAUAGUUCUGCUAAGAAAACACCAUAUAAUUUCAAAUCAAAAUCAUUUAAUCCUAAGAGCAAGAAUAAGAAUCAGCGACCAGGUAAAUCUAAGAGGAAGAAUACGAAAAGAUAACAAUAAUUUUCUUAAUAAUGAAUAAAUAAUGACACAAUA